AUGCUCAUGAUUACUGAACAUAUCGGCAUUCCCAAUGAAGAAAUUGAGUUGCGAGCUAUCCGCGCGCAAGGUGCUGGAGGGCAAAACGUUAACAAGGUUUCCUCAGCGAUUCAUCUGCGCUUCGAAAUCAGUUCGUCUAGUCUGCCUGAUGGAGUUAAGAAGAGACUGCUAGCAUCCUCGGACCAACGCAUAAGUAGCAACGGGGUUGUUGUCAUCAAAGCGCAGCAGUACCGAACCCAGGAAAAAAAUCGGAUCGACGCGCUGAAUCGACUGCGGGAGUUGAUACAGGCUGGCACCAUCGUCCGCAGGCCGCGUCUGAAAACUAAACCUAGCAGAAGAGCCAAGCAGCGACGGCUUGACAGUAAGAACCGACGCAGCCGCAUCAAAUCGUUGCGCGGAAAGGUGUCGAGGACGGAAUAG